CUCAUUAUACGCUCUGUGUGAUUUGUGGCUCUGUGUUGUUGGCGUCGGAGUCGGAUUUAGGUUAACUACGUGGAGUUCCUAAACCACAACAAGCACGAGAUGCCUCACACAAGAAGAAAUUUUGAUGGCUUGCUAGCAAAAGUGAAUUUUCCAUUGUAUACUGUACAAAUGUUAACAAACAGGCACGUUAUAGUUGGUGGUGGAGGAGGAUCUGCAAAGACUGGGGUCGCUAAUGGCUUUGAAAUAUACGAACUAUCACACGAUGGUGAAAGAUUCAUCGUUGAGGAAGUAAUCCGACACGAAACCGGCCCUAGUGUUGUAAUGAAUUGCUCCACGUACAAUGACAAGAAACAUUCCUUUUUGGUUGCCGGACAAGAAAGUCAUUGCCAGUUGUACAAUGUACGAACUGUUCUUAUAAAUAAUAACGUUGAAGUAGAAACUGUGAAUCCCCAUGAAGAUAUUCGUAAUCGUAAGAACAAACCGAUACAAACUGAGAAUAAUCACACAAAUAAUAACAAGAAGCUCAAAUUCGUGAUUACACCCAGUGAUAGCGUACAAACAGAUUUUUUACAGGAGGAACCAUUACAGCGUGUAGUACGAAUUAGUCGCCUUAGUAAAGUUAUGGCUACAGGAGGUACGGAUGGCAUUGUAAGAUUGUGGGGGUUUCCGAAUUUAAAGCAAUUACAUACUUUAAAAGCACACAAAGAAGAAAUAGAUGAUUUAGAUUUUAGUCCUUGUCAGAAAUAUUUAAUUAGUAUAGCCAAAGAUGGAUUAGCGAUAUUGUGGGAUUACAGCAGUGGCAAGGAAAUACGUAGGCUGACAUGGCAACAACCUGAAGGGUCGAAGUAUUUGUACAAAAGAUGCAGAUUUGGCGUUGUCGAAGGUGCAAAAAAUUUGAGUGCACUGUAUAUGUUAGCCAAUCCAACGGGCCGUGCUGGAAAACAAAAGUCGUACCUCCAAAAGUGGAUACCUCAGGAAGGCCAACUUUACAAAAUUGCUGCACUUGAUGAAAGCCUCUCGGCUUUGGCUGUACGCGAUGAUGGAAGAUUUGUGGCUCUGGGAACUAUGUUUAGCGGUUCUGUUUCGAUUUAUAUCGCGUUUAGUUUACAAAGGGUUUUACAUAUCCCCGGCGCUCAUUCCAUGUUUGUCACUGGAUUGGAAUUUUUGCCAGUGUCAUCGGAUACUCAUACGGUUAACAGUAUUGCAGAGGCGGCCGUGCUUUCUAUUUCUGUAGAUAAUCAAGUUUGUAUACACAGUUUACCUUUUAGAAGUACCUUGCCGGCAUGGUUAGCAAUAAUUGUGAUAAUAUUAACAAUCUUUUUUACAUUUGUAUUAUGUUCAUAUUUGGGUAUUUAGAUUGGAAUCUCUCUAAUCACAAAAUAUACAUUUGCACCACA